AUGUCGCUUCACAGAACAAAGUAUGCCGCAGUGGUUUGUGGUGGUGGACCUGCAGGAAUUACUGUCCUUGGGAACCUUCUUGAAAGAAAGGUUGGCCCUGUGUUGUGGGUGGAUGAUCUGUUCGAGGCUGGCAGAGUGAACAAAUCGUACAGAGAGGUGCCGUCAAACACAAAGGUCAAGCUGUUCGUGGACUUUGCAGAGGCCGUGUCACCUUUCCAGAAAAUAUUGGAGGACACUCCAUCACCACAUGCAGUCGACUAUCUGCGAGAUCUCCCCCAAGACACCGGAUGCGAUCUUGGUUAUGCCGCAGACAUGUGCCUCAUGCUCACCGAAGGCUUGAAGAAGGCACCUGGCGUCGAAGCCCGUCAAGGUCGGGUCACUGAAGCAAGUCUCGGCGAGACAAAUGACUGGGUCGUGAGCGUAAAGCUGUCGAACGGUGAGAUGAGUAAAGCCAUCGCUUCAAGAGUAAUCCUUUGUACCGGAUCUUCGCCUACAACCCAGCAACUUCCCGGUUCGAUUUCAAACACCUCCCCUUUGGAAUUGGAUCACGCUCUCAGUCCAAAGCUUCUGGCGAAUGAGAUUCCAAAGGAGCCUACGACUGUUGCCGUGAUUGGAGCAUCCCACAGCGCGGUCCUCGUGCUCAUCAACCUAUACAAACUUGCCUCCAGUACCCACCCCGAUCUCCGGAUCAAAUGGUUCACUAGACACGAUCUCCGAUAUGCCGAAUUCAUGGACGGCUGGAUUAGACGCGACAACACCGGUCUCAAGGGUGCUGCAGCAGCAUGGGCCAAGGAAAACCUAGAGUCCGCCAAGUUCGAAGCAUCCCCGGUCAGCAAGUUUGUUGCCAAAAUCGCUUAUGAGAAAGAAAACGAAACCCAGACCUAUGAGAAACAUCUCUCGGGUUGCGAUCGCUACGUGCAGGCCAUUGGCUACGCUAGAGAUCCUUUGCCAGGGCUCAAAGAUGCAACAGGUUCCGACAUCACCUACAACUACCAGCCUGACACAGGCUCCUUCAAGAACGUAGACGGGAAGCAGAUCCCCGGACUCUUUGGUGCGGGCAUUGCUUGGCCCGAGAGAGUCACUGAUCCUGAAGGUAGCGUGGAAUGGGCUGUGGGUUUCUGGAAAUUCAUGCGUUAUGCAAAGCGAGUGGUUCCCGACUGGAAUUAG